AUGAUCCGUACACGCAAGUCGCACGGCAAGGCUUGGGGUCGGUGGCCGCUCGCCGGUAAAAGGCUAAUUAGGCGUCAAAAAGUAAAAUCAAUCAGUUCUCAAUUUGAUUUCAUUCUGCCUCCGGACCUACCAUCAACAUAUGAAGAUUCGGUAGCGAAAAUAUAUUAUCACAUUACAUUAAAGGAAAAGACACAACAGAUACUUAAAAUUCCUAUAACGGUUAUAAGUUACGUGAACUUAAACCAUCUUCACGAAUACAAGGUGCCGACUAUUUAUGAUAUGACAAAGGUAUGUCGGUUCUCUGAGGAGGUAGUGGUUUUUUUGAGAACAUAUAAAUCUUUUGCUCCUCAGCAAUUCGUACCUUUCGAAGCGAUAAUAUCCAAUGAAAAAAAUGUAUUCAUAACAAAAAUUGAAGUUAAACUUAUUCAAAAAUUGGAGUAUAACGUCUCCUCAGGUUAUUAUAAUGCAGAAAAAACGGUUUGUAAGAGCGAGCAUCUUGAUAUUCAAAAUGUUGCCAGACUAACAUGCCGUUUUGAUAAAAUGGAUCCAAACAUUUAUGCUCUAGUGCUAGACACACUAAACAGAGCGACCAGCCAAGAUGCAGAAGUUUUAAAGCCAGCUGAAAAGAAACUCCAAGAAUGGGAAGUAGAGCCCGGCUUUUAUUCAGUACUAUUGAAUGUCCUAUCAAACCAUUCAAUCGACAUCAACGUGAGAUGGCUGGCUGUGAUGUGUUUCAAGAAUGGGGUCGAUCGCUAUUGGAGAAGGAACGCACCCAAUGCUAUCACCGACGAAGAGAAACAGAAACUCAGACAAGGUCUACUGACUACUCCAAUACUUAGUGAACCAGUUGCACAAAUUGCUACACAACAGGCUGUUCUUAUAUCUAAAAUUGCAAGAUUUGAUUGUCCAACAAACUGGCCGACAUUACUCCCGGAUCUAACAAGUGCCAUGAAAGCUCCACAAUCGUUGUUACAACACAGAUCACUGCUGAUCUUCCACCAUGUAGUGAAGGCAUUGGCUUCAAAACGACUCAUAGAAGACAAACGGACAUUUCAGGAACUAACAAACUCAGUAUACGCUUUCAUCCUGAAUCUAUGGCAUGAGAACACAGAAUGUUUUCUAAGACACAUACAAGAGGGCGCCUCUACUGAGUUGAUAACAGAACAUUUAGAAAAGGCGUUGUUAUGUUUGAGAAUACUUAGGAAACUGACGGUGUUCGGCUUCAAGAAACCACACGAGAGUCAAGAUGCUGUAGCAUUCCUUAAUGUUGUGUUUGACAGGGCUAAGACGAGCCUGGAGUGCAGAAAGCUAUUGAAAGGUAGGGGCAUAUAUCCAUUGGAGUUAUGUGAGAAAUUCAUCAUUCACCUCACAAAAGUAGCGUUGGGAGUGCUAUCCUGUCAUCCCUUUUCAUACGUGCCUUUAAUAAGACCGUCGCUGGAAUUCACUCUGUACUAUUGUUUCACUGAAGUUGGAAUGUCUUUGACAUACGAAAGAUUCACUAUACAGUGUUUGAAUAUAUUGAAAGGCAUCCUACAGUGUGUGGAAUAUAAGCUUCCUAAAGGGAAUGAACCUGUUAAAGAGCCAAUUCGAGCCCAAGCCCAUCAACUCAAGUGGGAGGUUUUAGAUCAGCGUACAGUGUGCCACAUGUGUCGACACCUCGUCACACACUACUUCUUACUCACGGCUGAUGACCUUGCGUUGUGGGACGCGGAACCUGAGAGCUUCGCUACUGACGAGGCUGGAGAGUCGUGGAAGUAUAGCCUUAAGCCGUGUACGGAGGCAGUAUUCCUGGAACUAUUCCACGAGUACCGGUCUGUGUUGGCUCCAGAGCUAGUCAGUAUGUUAGCGUCGCUACAAGAAACACAAGUCUCUCCGGACGACCUGCCCGCCAUACUGAACAAGGACGCCAUCUAUAACGCUGUGGGACUAGCGGCCUUCGACUUAUAUGAUGAUGUUGAUUUUGACGAAUGGUUCACGAACGUGCUGAGCAAGGAAUUAAAAAUAGAAGACAACAAUUACAGAAUAAUUAGGAGGAGAGUUUGUCAGUUAAUAAGUCAUUGGUGUGGAGUGCGCGCGUCUCAGUCACUCCGACCAGCGAUGUACACCGCUUUACUGGAACCGCUCACUCGUAAGGGAGAAGAUCCGGCCGUGAAGCUUGCAGCCGCUGAAGCGCUGCGCAGCACUAUAGACGACUUCAACUUUGACGUUGAACAGUUUGCGCCGUUUGCACCGCACGCGCUGUCUGCGCUUUAUGAUCUAUUGGUGGAGUGUACAGAAUGCGAGACUAAGAUGCACGUAUUGCACGUAGUUUCGUACGUGACGGAGCGCUGCGGGUGGGUGGUCGCGCGCGGAGGGGGCGGAGGUGCCGGGGCCUUAUUUGCUGUCCUCCCCGCGCUGUGUUUACACGCGGCUCACCAUCACAUGCUGAGAGCAGCCGCCCUCGCUGCAUUAGUACAUCUAGUUAAGGCGUUGGGCGAGUGUGAUCCAAGCGUGCGUCCGUGGGUGUUGAACGUCAUCAAUGAAUCAACCAAGUUGUCUGAGCCGGCUCACGUGUACCUGCUUGAAGACGCGUUGGAGUUGUGGCUCGCUGUGUUGGAAACCUCACCAGCUGCUGACCAACCGCUGCUGCAACUGGCUCACAACUUAUACCCCAUACUUGAACAAUCUACGGAACAUUUGAGAAUAGUUGUCUACAUAAUGCAGGCAUAUGCUCUCCUAUGUCCCGAAGAAUUCUUCACCGGGGCCGGAGCUAAAUGUAUGUCACUGUUGGACGAUAUGUUGAGUGAUAUGAGAACAGAGGGUGUUAUCACUGUAUUGAAGAUGGCUGAGAUAUGCAUCAGUGUGACCUUCCCUGAAAGAAACGCCUUCUUAGGGGUCAAAGUUAUCUGGCCGACGCUAAUACGGGUCAUACACUGUCUUCUCGAAGGCGACGACCUCCCAAUGGUGUUAUCAGUGCAGCUGUGUCUGUUGUCGCGAGUGAUCCUCAUCUCGUCGGAUCUGUUCUACAAGGUGGUGCAGGAGGCGGCCGUCGGACUCGUCGAAUACUCGUCGGACCCGGUCAAGGUGUUGACUAGACUGUUACAUGUCUGGACGGAGAAGAUGAAUCUAGUUACACAGGUGGAAAGGUGGAAGGUUGUUGGUCUUGGUCUAGUCGCUUUACUGACGACUCACAAUGCAGCGGUUCUGGAGCGUUUCCCAGCUAUAUUGUUGAAUCUCACGGAGGUUCUCAAUGACGUUAUGAAAAUGGAAGAAUCCGGGAAUUAUGUUGACGCUUUACUUUCUCCUCCCGGAUCUCGACCCGCGUCUCCUUUAGAAGGUCGUGGUGGUGCCGCUCGCUGGGAGGCGGCAGAGGACUGCGCCGCGCCAAACGAACAACAACUGACGGCGCACGAAAUACGGAGGAGGAGGUUUGCAGCCGCACAUCCCGCACGAGCACUCGACCUGCGAGCUGUUACACACCACCAGUUGGAGACACUCAAGACUCAAGUCGGUCCGGAGACGUUCGACCGACUGUUACAAUCAACGGACAAGGACACGAUAAAACAACUAAGAGAAUACAUACCGCUGUAG